UACAACGCUGCUCAAGUCCCAGCCAUCAAAAAGUCUUUGGGCUUUUACGCUUUCCGACGUCGCUUACAUUUGUCUAUGGAUGAAACAUCUCUUAGCAACCCUAGCACGUCAUGCAAGGCCUUUCGAGCUCAUAUUUCUAAGAGUCAUAAUAGCUCUAUUCUGCAUCAACAGGAGAUCACACAUGCCUCAUGGUCCCGAUUCUGGCGAUUGGCACUCACUACCGUACAACGUAAUGUUAUGUAUCGGUUGCUACAUCGCCUUAUCCCUACUGUUGUGAGAUGAAGAGAGAGUAGAUAUUCAAUAAGAGAAAAGGUAAGAACACAGAGAAAGUCCGUUAGAACUUG